GUGUGAGCACUGUGCAGUUUCCAGGUGCGCUGCUGUCUUGCCUGUGAGAGGUCAGCGCUUCCCUUGGAUGUAAUGGAUCCCCAGAGAGAGACACCCAAGAAAAACAUGGAGCAUCUAAUUGCUGACAGAAGGGGAGGAAUUGGUGUCUGUGGCUGGAUCCUGGUCUCCUUUUCAUUCCUGCUCGUGCUUAUUACCUUUCCUAUUUCCGUCUGGGCAUGUAUCAAGGUUAUCAGAGAAUAUGAGCGUGCUGUUGUCUUUCGUCUGGGGCGUAUACUGUCCAAGAAAGCAAAGGGACCAGGUUUGAUCUUCAUAAUCCCAUGUACAGAUACAUUUGUCAAAGUUGACCUUAGAACAGUUACCUGUAGCAUUCCUCCACAAGAGAUUCUCACAAAAGAUGCUGUUACUACCCAAGUCGAUGGGGUGGUGUACUACAGGAUUCACAGUGCUGUCAGUGCUGUUGCUAACAUCACUGAUGUCCACUCAGCUACUUUCCUCUUGGCACAGACAACCUUGAGAAAUGUUCUUGGUACACAGAGCUUGGCUCAGCUCCUAGCAGGUCGUGAGGAGAUUGCACAUGAUAUCCAGACUAUCCUAGACCGUGCCACAGAACAUUGGGGAAUCAAAGUGUCCAGAGUGGAGAUCAAAGAUGUCAGAAUUCCUGUGUCCAUGCAGAGGGCAAUGGCAGCUGAAGCAGAGGCUGCUCAAGAGGCAAAAGCAAAGGUGGUGGCAGCAGAGGGAGAAAUGAAGGCUUCUAAAGCCCUCAAGCAGGCAUCCAUAGUGCUAACUGAGUCUCCAGCAGGUCUUCAGCUCCGCUACCUGCAGACGUUAACAACCUUGGCAGCAGAGAAUAAUUCCACCAUUGUCUUUCCUCUCCCUAUAAAUAUGCUUGAGAGUUUGUGGCAGAAAAAUAGAGGGGGAUAGAGACUGUUUUAGACUCGCUCCUUGGACAGAGGUUUAAAGGGUUUCCUAGAAAGCAAGGAGUUCCAGCUUACUAGAAUUAAAGUAGAAGCAUGACUGGGUUAUCUGUACCAAAAAGAAGAGUUAAAAUAGGUCAAUAACCUCAGUAACCACAUAUAGCUCCCACAUUAGGAGACUGCAUUUGUGAAGUUCAGGCACAAAACAGUUGCAACUUGAGGUGAAAUUGAAGAAAAUAGGUAAAACACAAUAAAAUAUUUUAAAUGUAUGUUAGACUCAGUAUGAAAUUUUAACAAUGCUUUCACCACAUUUUUUUAGACUCCAGUGUAACAAUUAUUUGGUGAACUGUCUGAGCAAGAACCUCUGAGCUGUUGAUGUACUCCUCACAGAAAAACAGCCAUAUGCUGGUAUUUACCUAAAGUCCUGUGGGGUGGAAAGAAGGAUUUGGCCCCUAACCUUAGAGGUAUUCUUUUAUAACUACUAGCAGAAUUGGUGUGUUCUUUGUCUUACAUGGCUGUUGCAGGCCAUGCUGCCUGCUAUCAUUGCUUGAUGCGGGACCACAGUAAACAAGCCCAUAGACCAAUAUGGUGUUGGGCCAGCCUCGAGGGUCUCCAAAUGAUUCAAUGUGAAUUAUGCAGAAGCCCAUUUUUAUUGAUGAUAACAGCCCAAAUAUAUACACUCAGCCAGUAGAGCACACACCUACCAUUAGCAUAAUUAGUCAGGGACAGCCCACCACAUCUGCAUACAUACAUGCCUUGUUAUUCUCGUUAGCGAAGGUCCAUUACCUACCCCUUCUGAGAUAAAGUGGCCAGCUGCAUGUGAGAACCAAAGUCUGUUAUUACAAGGAUCUGCCUGUUGUCACUUCUCUUCACUCCGUUCCCACAGCUCUCCUGCACCUGCACCCCACAACUCUUCUGCAUUCUGCAUUCCCACAGCUUGCUUUACUGACCUCAGCUGGAUUUUGCCACAUCAUUGAUGUUGUUUAUCAGAUGAGCAAUAAAAGGAAGACAAUAUGUGACCAUGUAUUACACUUCCUAAAUCUGAAAGCUGGAGCAAACCUUGAGGAAAAUAAAUUGUCAUGUGUUAA